AUGUCUAAGGAUGCAGUCAAUAACGCGUCACUGGAAGCCGCAUUCGUCGGCCGUAUGUUAAGCGUUUGGGCUGGAUCGCCCGACAAGUCUCGGGUAACCAACGCAGACUGGCCGAUCACGGCGACCUUGCUGGGCUCGUUGGUGGGCUUCGAGACCCGCACACUCUUUACAGAUGGCCGUCUACCCGUUCCCUACGAUCUCCCCAGCAUCUCGAAGUGGGCCGGUACACGCCGCAAGAGAGCUCUCGUCGUAGACACGCCCGACAGACUCGAGGCUUAUUACGGCGACAACAUCGCACAUAUCUGGCUCCAAGUCCGCAACAUGCCUGCUCGAGAUGUCGUCGAGAUGCACGGUGAACGAGGACUCUCUGUUGUCGUCCGCGCUAUCCUGCAGUGGCGCGCUGCUGAGCCUCGUGCGCGCGAUUACGAGUCAUCCCUGACUCGUUGA